GCCAGAUGAUGAGUCUGGGAAAAGUGAAAACAAAUGAAAUCACGGCACGCGCACUGAAUCGCUAUCCACAGUUGGGAUCCGAUUUCUGCAUACGUGCGCGCGCAGUAUUGUUGCAACAGUGUUACACGUGCCAGUCUUGUUGGACUUUUAUCAGCAAAGAAUAGAACAUGGCCUCCGGACCUUUAAAGAUCUGUGUUUGUGGAGGUGGGGAAAACGCCCACGUUGUUGCUGCCUUUUCAGCCUCAAAUCCAGAGGCAGAAACACGCGUUCUAGACUUGGACGAAGACGAGGCCACAAAUUGGGGAGAUGUCAUCGACAAGAAAAAUAUGAUGUUAACCAUUAACGAAAACGAUGGAACUAAAAGGGAAGUAAAAGCUAAACCAAGAUUUGUGACUAGUAAUCCAAAGGAAGCCAUUAAUGCUUGCGAUCUCAUUAUUUUUGCAAUGUCAGCGUUGGACCAUGAACAAUACCUGAAAGCAAUAGAACCAUAUGUGGGCAAGAAUAGCGUCAUUGUAGGACUACCUGGGAAACCCGGAUUUGAAUACUUGUGUAACAACGUCUUAGGCAGCAAAGCAGUAUUUUGUACUUUUUUGUCUUUUGAGGCACCAUCAUGGGAAUCUAAAAUUAUAGAAUUCGGAACUCAUGUAGAGGCUCUUAGUGCAAUGCGGGUUUUGGUUGGUUCAAUAGUUCGCGGGAAAGGGAUUUGCAGACGACCGCCUCUUAUGUGUCUUCAAAUGAUACACGGAAGUAAGCCGCUAUUCCGUCCAUCCCGACACUUUUUAGAGGUAACGCUUAUGCCAAAUACGUUCAUUCGUCCAGUCAUCAUCUACGAAGAGUGGAGGAAAUGGGAUGGAAAACCGGUCACAGAGGCACCACUCUUUUAUCAUGGAAUAAGCAAAGAAACAGCAGAGCUGUUGAAUGCUUGCAGUCUAGAGUGCUUAGAAAUUGCACGAGAAAUGACGACUUCCGAAAGUGUCCGAGCUGAUUUGACAGAUGUACAAGAGUUACAUCAAUGGUACAUGGAACGAUUCAAAGGCGACUUUAGCAACAAUGCCGAUCUGUUCAGUACUAUCACUAGCAAUAAGCAGUUAGCAGACAUCAAACACGCAAUGAAAGAAACAGACGACGGUCUGGUGCCGGAUUUCGAUUGUCUGAUUGAGGAUUUGGAAGCAGGAUUAGUUGUUGUCAAGGGGAUCGCACUUAUAAUUGGAGUACAAACUCCGAAAACAGAUGAACUGAUUACAUGGUGUCAAGACAAAGUCGGAAAAGAGUAUUUGGUGAAUGGGGAACUAGUAGGAUGUGACGUCGCAACUUCCAGAUGCCCUCAGAGAUUUGGACUUUCAACAAUACAAGCAGUAGUGGAUGGAAGACUUAUGGAACAAUAAUUUAGAAAUGAUAAAAUGUUGCUAUAUA